UGGGCUUUUUAAUUAUUAUUUUUGGUUUUUGUUCUGCCCUUUUGCUAGAUAAUGAACAACAAUAGAAAAUGCUUGUGUGAAAUUCUUUCAUUUUGAACUAAAUCACAGGCUGGGGCUCAACUAGGAAUACGUUGCGAAACACUAUUGCUCUGUUUCACUAUUGCACUGUUUCACUAGCUCAGUAUUCUAUUAUUUCACUAUUCCAUUAUUUCACCAUUCUAUUGUGGCAGUCAAGCAAGAUCGAAAUUAUUCAGAUACUCUUUAUUCCGAUGGUGAUACUGAAGAUGGAGAUGUUUCAAGAUAAUAAUGAGAGUAAGGGAAAAGAAGGAAAGAGGCCCACAGGCUUACAAAACGCCUUUCAAAAACGACGGUUGCUUUUGCAAACGCGAACGGGAGAAGAACAACGAUUGGCGAACAGAACCAUCUCCAGUGAAAGAAAUCUUAAAGGUAACAUUCCUCAAAGGGAGACAAUUUAUAGUCGAUUUAGCACCUUUUCUGGGUUUUCAGUGUUCUUUUUUCACGUUUCUAGCACUUCUCCAGCUCUUUUUGUUGCUGCUUUACUUUUUCCUUUUUCCUUUUUUUCGCUACCUUCAAUCACAGAUUCUUCACCAACAAAAGCAAAACACAUACAAAAAGGAGAGCCUUCUCUUUCAUGGGGAAUCAGAUGGUUCAAGUGUUCAAGUGUUCAGGUGUUCAGGUGGUUGUACUUCAAACUUCAAGCUUUAUCUCUAUUAUUUACAAUUGCUCAACCAAGUUCUGUUAUUGAAAGCCUCAACACCAUUUGUUGCCAAAUUAUUAUGAGUAGUAUUAAUUUUAUUUAAAUAUUUGUAUUAUUUGCAAUAAUCGUAAUAAUUUUAAUAAUCUUAUUAUUAAGAUUAAAUUUUCAAACUUCCUGAAUCGCAUAUUUACUUCCAUGAAAGAGAAAAGUAUGAGAAAAC